AUAGGAUAAAGCCUAGAAACCAUCACGUUGCGUACCUACUGUGACACUGGUAAGUGUUCAUCUUCAACAGCGGAGGGUCGGAAACGAACAUUUUUUGUGUCCGCUGUCUCUACUACGUUGUAGUCCACCUGCUAAUUCAAGGGACUCGUAGCCACUGCCUCAACUUGGUUCACUUUUGCUGUCAAUGUCUGAGCCCCCGACAGUAAGUACUUCCUGGAUUGGGAAAUAAAAAUGACCUUCCGUGUGUCGGAAGUGGAAGUGGAUCCGACCUUGCUCACGGAUCCAUGGUAUCUGCUCCGGUUGUACCAGCAGCGCAAGCGGGCGACCACUACAACCGUAGACGACCUGCUUUUGCUAUACCGGGAUGAGGUGCAGGAGCUGAAGCACCAGGCUGUCGUACCGGAACGAAACCGCGCAUCAGGGCAUGAUCAGGCUGGGGGAGAAGCGGGAGCGCUCGCGACGUCCACAACGACUACUGAAGUGGAGUGGGAAGCGCUGUUUGGGCAGGUGAAUCGGGACCGACGGUUAAAGGCCAGCUUGGACGAGUCGCUGAAGAGCAGCAUGGAGUCCCUGGAUAACAUCACGAAUGAGAACGAAUCGCUGACACGCACGCUGGAACUGCUGCAGCGGGAAGUAGAUGCGUUGCACGCGGAAAGCGAGACACUAACAGCGCUCUUCGCGGCGGAGCGCCGGCACGCCAUGUCCUCGCGGCAUUUGUUGCAGAGCCUGGUUCCACAAGCCGACUACAGCUACGUCGUUUUCGACCCACGGAAGAGAGGAGCGAUUCGACAACAGCUGGGAGGCGGGCACAGAACCGUUCUUGAUGGAGCGCAAGAAAUAAAUGCUGGAGCAGGCGCGACUCAGGUCGGUCAGGGCGACAAAUCAUCUGCGGAGUCUACCGAAGAACAGGAUAUUCCUGCAGGUAACAGCCAUAGGACAGCGUUUAGAAGGAAGAGUGCAUGACAAGGAAUCUGUAAUGAUAUCUCAUUUUUCUGCUCGAUUUUCUUCACAUGCAACUCUAAAGAUGUUGUAACGUAAGUAUCUCGAACGUAUUAAGUACUGAACUGGGUCCCUUGCUUCCUUAUGUCCAUAUAGGAAUCUUGUCUUCGCUCAUUCACAUCAGUGCCUGCCAGCGCUCCCUCGUGGUUCCAAGAAGACGGCGUAAGCGAUGGAGAUCAACUCGGUCGGGCUCUUCGGAAGAUGGACCGCAAGUUGGCGGAAAUUUUGAUUCGGCGUGGCGCGGACGGGCAUCAAGACGCCGUGCCUGUCCCAUGGAAACUCUGGCGUGCCAUAAGGCGGCCGCGGUGAAAAUAGAGCUGCCGGUAACCACCCGAGGCAAGCUCUUUUUCGGCAAGACUUCCCGCCCUUCCAAUUCGAUGAAACCCAAUAGGAAAAAUCGAUCCCACUAAAAAAGUCCUGCGCUGUCAGUCUUACCACACAAGCUUAAAACACCUAGUCGUUUGCCAGGCUGCGACCCGUAGAUACUCCGCUCCUGUGGUCUAUCGAGGGUUGAAGUAAGUGGCUCCGCUCUGCCACCUAAUUGCAGACGCAGAUGCGAUAUCUUUGUGCUACUUGCUCCUUGAAGAUCCUCGCAUCAGAACACGCUACUAGCUAUGAUGGGAGUAGCCGCACUAUAGCACAAAGACCCAAGGCAAAGGCUUUUUCCAUUGGCCGCUGUCGCAGAGAAAAAAGUAGUUGGCAGAUUAUUCGUAUUCCUCGCUAUCGCUUCAUGCCAUG